UAAAACAUGCCUUGGACAAUAAGCGGCGCCGAUUAAAAGGUGAAUCGCAAUUACACGAAAUAAUUGAUUUGAACGCUGACAUAAUGAGACAUUUUCACGCUAAAGAUAGUGAAAAUAAUAAAUUAAACAAUGAGGAGAAAAUGAUAUUAAAACUUUUUUCCAACGAGUCGGAAUGGAUUAAAAAUAUCGACAAUUUUACCUCGGCUAAAAUACAAGAGCGCACUACAGAGGCAACUCGAUAUAUUUUGAGCGAUUUAAAGAGCUACUCAGAUAAAAUACAAGCGGUUGAUGAUGGAGUUCCGAAUCCUAAAAAAUCUGAUAAAUGCCUAGCAUCGCUUGCUCAUGGACUAUUAAAUCCACAAAGAAUUUGUACGAUCGACCAAUCUUGUUACGAGUUAUUAAAAAAUGGUACGAACUAUGGUUACGCUUUGACACAUCGACUGCUUCUCCUUCAAAUGGCCCACUACAGCCGUCAUUGUAGCAUUUUCUCAAAGUCAGAAGAUCGCUACUUCUCUAACAGAUUCUGUUCAAUGUUGUACGUAGAGGCCGAGUUCAUUGCAAUUCAGGAUUUUGAAAAUGGCUUUGUUGAUUUAAUGUUGGAGAUAAUGUGUCUCUGCGGUCUUCACGGUCACGCGCAGUUCCUAAACAGAACUUGGCUUGAGCGGAUCAAACGAUUUCAAACGCCAUACGGUUGCUUUAGUUUGGAUGUGAAAAAGAUGGAAUAUACUUUCAGACAAGAGGCUCUCAGGUGGAAACUAUACCGGAGUAGGGAUUAUGAUACUCUAGAGAGUCUUUGUAAUGAACACGUAACGUCUCUCGCUAUGGCUACGUAUGCUGAGGCAGUAAGGUUUAUUCUAGAGAUCUACUAUUAGACAAAUUUGUCAAUUGAUUGAAAUACACAUGAUAUUAAAAAAUACCGAUAAAAUGGUGUAGAUAUAGUAAAUUUAAAUUUAUUUGGACAUAUAGACAAUAUCUUAAAAAACAUAAUCUGUGCCACAGGUUAUAAUGCAAGCACGUCACGAUUUGUUUAUGGA